GAUUGCACUACUCUCGAUUACACUCCCUCACAUAUCGUAUCUCCUUGUUCCUCACUUCGCCUCUUCAACUCUCUUUUCACCACCAAAAUCUCCAAAAACCCUGGGUGCCCAAUAAACUCCGACCACCUCAAAAAAGCUUACAAACCCUCUGUCAACAAGUUUAAAUCCCAGGUAAGUCCCCCCUUCCAGUCUCUAUUCAUCGUCAAACUGAUUCCAACUAUUCAUAAAGAAACUGUAGCUAUUCAAUGAAUAUAUCUUAUCCCGAUAAACUGCUGUCAUGCAAUCGGGUGUUUUCAGCUUAAUGGGUAUUUACCAACUCGAGAUUACAGCGUUUCACAAGCUUUCCGUGUUUGGGUAUCCCAAUCUGAUUCUGGGUUUUUUGUGUUUUGUAAAGAUUCAGAGAUAAUGGGAGUGACCCAGUGCUUAGUCGUUGCACAAAAUGAACUAUUUAGCUCUGUUCGGUGUAAGGAAUGUUUUUAAAUCAUGUUAUAUUAUCGUUUUAUCGAGGAAAUUUUGUAGUGGUAGUUUUGAUAGUGGUAAACUUGAUAGUGAUUUUUAUUGUUCGGAUGAACCCUUGAAGAGAAUGUGGAAGGGUCCCAGUUUAGACUCUGUUUUUGAUGAAAUUCAUGAUGAUUGUGAUGGGGACGAGAACUGGAACAGGAACAGCUCUAAGUCCCGAUUUACAACUAGAAAAGGGUUUUUUGAGACUGGGAGAGACGAUGCUAGGACGAUUCUUGAAGUUUUAGAAAAAGAUGGACCGGGAUUUGAUGUGAAAGCUGCUAUUAGUAAAAUGCAGGUGAGGGUCUCGGGGUUCCUUGUGAGAGAAGUUCUUUUGGGAGUUUUGAAGAACACGAAGUAUACGAAUAAGACCAGGUGUGCAAAACUUGGAUACAAGUUUUUCGUGUGGGCUGGUCAGCAGGAAAAUUAUAGGCAUACCGUGGAUUCAUAUCAUUUGAUAAUGAAGAUAUUUGCAGAGUGUGAGGAAUACAAGGCAAUGUGGAGAUUAGUAGAUGAGAUGGUAGAGAAUGGUUUCCCUACAACAGCAAGGACAUUUAACAUUUUGAUAUGUGCUUGUGGAGAGACCGGCUUAGCUAAGAAAGUUGUGGAGAGGUUCAUUAAGUCAAAGACAUUCAAUUAUAGGCCAUUUAAGCAUUCAUACAAUGCUAUUUUGCAUACAUUACUUGCCAUUAAUCAAUACAAGCUAAUUGAGUGGGUGUACCAGCAGAUGUUAGCCGAGGGUUUUUCCCCCGAUAUUCUAACUUACAAUAUUAUUAUGUAUGCAAAAUACAGAUUGGGGAAGUUAGAUCAAUUCCACAGGUUACUUGAUGAAAUGAGUAGAUCCGGAUUUUCCCCUGAUUUUCAUACAUAUAACAUCCUUCUGCAUGUUCUUGGCAAAGGAGAUAAACCACUUGCAGCACUUAAUCUAUUGAAUCACAUGAAAGAGGUGGGAUUAAACCCAGGUGUUCUUCAUUUCACGACAUUGAUUGAUGGCCUGAGUCGUUCUGGAAACUUGGAUGCUUGCAAGUAUUUUUUUGAUGAAAUGAUAAAGAACGGAUGCAUGCCUGAUGUCGUCUGCUAUACUGUAAUCAUUACGGGAUUCAUUGCCGCUGGGGAGCUAGAGAAAGCUCAGGAAAUGUUUGAUGAUAUGAUUACCAAGGGACAGCUUCCGAAUGUGUUUACAUACAAUUCGAUGAUUCGUGGUUAUUGUAUGGCUGGAAAGUUCGAAGAGGCAUGUGCUAUACUUAAGGAAAUGGAGGCUAGAGGAUGUAACCCAAAUUUUGUCGUGUACAGUACCCUAGUGAGUCAUUUACGGAGUGCUGGAAAGCUUUCUGAAGCUCGUGAAGUAAUAAGAAACAUGGUGGAGAAAGGACAGUAUGUUCAUCUACUCCCAAAGAUCAGGAGAUAUAGAAGAUGCUAAGCAGUAGAUUGUACAAUAUAAUGAUUGUUUAUUGUAACUUAAUUGCCAGUAUACUCAUUGGUUCAGCUAUGUCAGUGCCACGUACCUCCUGCCUGUAAUAGAUGUCAAGGGAGUAGAAAGAACAAAGUAUCAAACAUUCCGUGCAUCACUGAAGUAUUUUUGCCUAUGAUUCCAUCUCAGACAGACAAAGGAGGAAGCCUGUCCGGUAUGUCAUUUCAUUCCAUAACCUUUCUGGCUUCUCCCGGUUUACAAGGCUGCCACUCCUCGGGUGACUUCCAUCAAGUAAUCCAACGUUACAAAGGUGAAAAAUCUUAAAUGAGCUGACAAAGAAGAAAGAAUGGCAUUUCCUGUUAGUGUUCCAAUAAUUGUUAUUUCUAGGCUUAUGUGGAACAUGCCUUUAUUUCCUGGUUUUCAUCACCAUCAAAUCAUUUGAGUUGUAGAACAACGCCUGAAUAAAGGUUUCAUUCUUUUAGCAUUAGGUAUUGUAACAAGGAAGGAGAAACAUGUAGCUAGGUUGAACAGUUAACUUCCUUCUUCUAUAUUUUGUUUCACAUUUCAUGAUAUUAUAUACAAGCACUAACAGUUUUUGGCAA